AUGCACAUUGACAUGCCAUUCCAGUGCCACCCGAAUGAAAGCGCCCUCUCGCGCUCUUCGCUUCCGUGCCCUGGGUACGCGGUGGCGAUGCGCAUGGGGGCGUGCAAGGCGGACUUUGACGCCACGGUGGGCAUCCACCCCACCAUGAGCGAGGAGUUCACCUCCCUGCGCGUCACCCGCCGCUCCGGCCUCAGCCCCUUCAAGACCGGCUGCUGA